GACAUUUUUGUUUUUUUAAUUGCAUUACAGAAAAUAAAGAACUUCAUCACAAUAUUCUAAUUUUCUGAGACAGUCCUGUAUAUAUUGGGACUAGAGGUAAACCGGAAAGUGUUUCGACACAACUGAGUUGCCACUUUCAGCUGUUCCUCUGUCAUACGGCCGCACUUCCUCAAAAUAAUUCUCCCCGCAUUAAGAAAUGACUGCAUCAGAAGACAUACUGCAGCAUCAUUUACCAUAACCAAGUUCCUCAUUGCUUUCUUUCCGUUUGACCUAUGAAAAUAAAAAUAAAAAAUGUUUCAACUGUUUUAGUAAAAAUGAUAGUUAGUUUUAUUAUUAUUACUAGACUCACUCUUAUCUCUAAGAAAUGCAACACAGUAGCAGAUAUGGCACCAACUCAUCCUCACCAGGAUGUCUCACUUCUAAGGGAAAACAAACAACCCAAAUUUAUAAAAAAAACAAAAAAAACACAGCCCCGUUCGUGGAAGUGGUUCUCGAUGUUUUCGUCGAGGGGGCCACAAAGUGCAAACUCAAGCACUUGUAUUUUUCCCCUUCAACGCGAUACUGCUUCGAGAGGCGCAGCAUCCAUUGCCUCACAUCCUGUGUUGUAAGGAAGUGGGCCAGCCAGGCCAUCAGACAGGCAGCCCCAGAGUUAGUUAACACUUCACUGCCAGGCGAGUGGGGAGUAAAAGAAAAGAGAGGAGCAAAAGACUGAAGCCUGACAACAACCUUAAAAAACAGGAGAGAUGUUACACAGGACGGCCUCCAAUGUGUCGGACAAAGCAAAGAGCAGCAAGCCCAAGCGCUCCACCAGCUUCGGCAGGUUUGAGGGUCUCAGACAUCACUCCAAACCAGAGGAAAACGGAACUAACGCGCUCACAGAAGAAUCUGAGACGUUGGACUCGGACAGACCAGCUGGACUUGGGAAGAAGAUGAAGGCGAUUUCACUGACGAUGCGACGAAGAAUGGCCAAAAAACACGCCAAGUCUUUUGAGGAGACUGGUGAAGACGCAGACAAAGACCCGGAGGUAGAGACGGAGAGAGUCCCUGCGGCUGAGAAAAACGCUGCAAAGUCAAGCAACUCCUUAGAGAGUCUCUACAGCGGCCAGAGCUCCUCGAGUGGCGUGACCAGCGAGUCCAACGGUUCCGGUCAGAGAGACAGCCUGAGGCUGGAGGAGGACGGCUCCUAUCAGGGCCCGUUCUGCGGCAGAGCUCGCGUCCACACAGACUUCGUUCCCAGCCCGUACGACACAGACUCCCUCAAGCUCAAGGUCGGCGACAUCAUCAACAUCACCAGCAAGCCUCCGAUGGGCAUCUGGACGGGCAUGCUGAGCAACAAAGUGGGCAACUUCAAGUUCAUCUACGUUGACGUCGUGGCGGACAAAGAGGAGGAGGAGGAAGUUCCGAAGAUCAGACAACAGAAGCUGAGCAAAAGACCUCGGCCGAAAACGCUGCUGGAGUUACUGGAGCGACUGAAUCUGGAGGAGUACGCCUCUGCCUUGCUGCUCAACGGCUACCAGACGGUGGACGACCUGCAGCACCUGCAGGAGAAACACCUGAUAGAGCUGAACGUCAAAGACCCCGAGGACCGACGCAAGCUCCUCGCUGCUGCUGAAUGCCGCUACACAGGUGACGAUGUCACGGACGAGGAGGAGCUGAGGUCCUCCCACAGUCUACAGGAAGAGGACAGCGACUGUCCCAGAGACUCGGGUUGCUUCAUUCCAUCCGAAUGUUAAGACAACAAAGAGGAGGCGGAGCCGCCGCUCACAGCGGACUCUUAAUGUGAUGAAAUCCAGGGUUGGGUGUUUUCUUAUGACGAGUGGUUUGACCUUUUUUGACGUCAUGUAAACAUCCUUUAUUACAACAAGGUGGCCAAAAGCGUGCCUCGCGUAAAAAGUGGGCUAAAUGUGUGACAGGGAGAACAAACAACCACCAGUCUAAAUGUCGUCUUGUCCAUUUUGUCGACGAGGGCAGUGCCCGCUCAAAACACGUCUGUUUCAGGAUGGGACACAUGUUUGUCCUUGUGUUGCUGCUUCAUGCAGAAAACAUCACACACUUCCUCGGGUCCUCAGCGAUACUCCUGCCAUGGCAUGAGUCACACACACAAGUGGAGAAACACCCUCGGAAAUACACACACCUUCAGUUUGGUUCAGGAUAAAUUCUCCAGGGAUAGACUUUACUUUAAGGCCCCAAACAGCGAUAUAAAAAAUAUUGAGUUAUGUAAUAGUUCAAAGCUAUUGUACCGCAAAAUAACUCAAAAAGACCUCAACUGUACAAUUCUUAUUGUGUACUUCUACUUCAGAGGAAACCAUUGAAGUACGACAUUCACCUGACAGAGAAAUGGUACUGGUUGUCUUUCAGAUUCAGAUUUUGUUCAAAAAAUGUAAUAAUAAUUACAACAAAAGCUGAACGCAUUAUUAUUCAUUAAACAACGUAUUGCAAGUGAAAGCUCCACAUUGAAUAGAAGUUAAGUUAUUUUACUUCAGUAAACUUGUACUUCUUCUGCCAUUGCCAAUACCAGUUAAAGAAAAGGUCCAAAGUAAAGCAGCCCCAGUUUGCCAGUUGUCCUCAAAUCACGACAACCGAUAAAAUACACAGAUAAAAUACUGCUUGUGUUGAACUGUGAAAGUGAAGAAGAGCCUGUUGUAACGUUAAUAUCCACUUAUCUAAGAUCUGUGUUACUAUUCUGUUACUAUCCUGUUACUGUGUGUGAUUAGACGGAUACGCUUGCUUUAUACAAUAGUUAAUAUUCAAGUUGUACAUUCUGUUUAUUUUUGUUGUUGUUGAACAAGUGACAUUUCAUUUAUUAAAUACUGGUCAGUCACUUGUAUUUAUUGCACUGUAAGUCAUUUAUUGUUUUCUUUUUCUCCAUAUAAAGCCUUUAUUUAUCAAAUCUGCAUCAUCAGCAUUCUCUGCAAAUCAAACCUCAACUAUUCAACCUGCAGUGCAAUCUUUUUGUGUGUGUGUAUGAACUCACGUAAAAGUUAACAUUAAACUGUUCACAACUUUUUUGUAAAUAAAAUGAAAAAUACAACAAGAA